AUGAUGACGGGGUCGGCUGCGGAAGACAUGGUAGUUACCAACUUUAGCUUGAACUCAAAUUCUUUGGGGGUACCACAGAAUCCGACACAGCCGUCGCCUUCGUGGGUAUCCUCCUGGCAACAAACGGCCAAUCAAUUGGCGUAUGCACCUUAUUCGCAAUAUCGAGUGUCGGAGCAAGAAUACCAGUCUUCUUUGAAUUAUCAGCAGCAGCAACAACAAUCAUCGUCAACGCAGGCAGAUACGACUUCUUCUCGGCAUUUCAAUUGGGACGAUCUAGGGGAGGAACCAAAGGAAGACGAGGAAGAAAUGGAGGCACUUCGAGAGCGACAACGACGGGAACAACACAAACAAUGGGAAGGGGAACGACGGCAACACGAAGAGCAGUUAUCGAAUCUGUGGCAAUCGCAGCCAUCCAACGAUGCUGCUGCUGAAGGUGAUAACAAAGGGGAUCAAGCUGGGGAAUUGGAUUCCAGGCCAACAGAAGCUGAUUUGUCGAAAUUGUCUUGGAUGGACUAUUGGAUGCCACCGCAUCCGUCUCCAUUGACAGAGUGUACGUAUGGAUUGCCGUCGACAUCGGCGGCAUCAUCUCUGGAAGCACCUCCUCUCCACGCGUUCAACAUUGCCAGUCACAGUGGCUACUCCAAAACUAUAUUGGAAGACUUUUGGGAAAAGAUUCGACAUGAACUAGAACGCAUGGACGCCUGCCAGGGGUUUUCUAUUCUUACGGAGGGGAGCGGUAUCUAUGCGGGUAUGACGGACUGGGUACUGCAAGAACUACAGCAAGAGUGUCGUGCCGCUGGUCGAUGGGUCUUUCAUGUCGCAGAGGGAGAUGACCAUGACCAGCAAGAAGAAGCGUCUUUGGAUGCAGGCAACCAAGAAAACGCCUCUCCACGACGACGCAGCACGGAAUUAUCACGUGCGCAAGCGCGAGUUCGAGGCAGUGUCCAAGGAGGUUUGGCUCUGGCGGGUUUAUCCGAUCAUUCACACGUAAUGGUGCCGUUGACCUUGCCCUCCAGGCAAACUUCAGUGUUCCGUGCAACUGCCGAAUUGGCCAUGGCGUUGGAAACGGUAACGCUUCCCUAUCGUUGCCAGUCCUCUUCAGACAAGACAUUGGUCGGAUGGAAUUCAAUGAGUGGAUACGAGGAAGGAGCUAGUCCGGGUGGAAUGACAAUGGGAGAUUAUCUGACCUCGCUGCAACCGUCUCCACGUUAUUCAUUGUUGGAGUUAGACGCAGUCAUGACAUCUGAGAAUCGACAAGGUCUUGGUCAAUCGCUGGUGGCGGGGACUAGUGUGGAACGAGAUCCCCGAAUGCGUCGACCUCAAAGCUCAAUGUCAACGGAGUAUCCUGGUGUCUGGUUGUUUGAUGCACAAUAUCCAGCAUCUCCUGGACUUCUAACCAGUCUGUCUCCCAGGCACGUCGCCAAACAGGACAGAUCUCUUCAUCACCAUUAUGGUCUCUCUACCUGUUUGAGGCGUGCACAGAGCUCGGGAAGUCCUUCGUUGAAUGACAACCAGCAGCAUUUGACAUGCCUGAUGGAAGGUAUGGGAAUUCGAUACAGACCUGAAACAGCGUUUGGGCUGGUUUGUCACCAGGACUUGAACAAGUUGACCUGCGCUAGUCAUCGCUAUGGCGCUGGCUCUUACUGGCAGUAUCUGAUGGGGGCGGGUGUCGAAAUUCCAGUUCUAAGUGUGCUGGGCAACACAACUCGAAUGUAUCCACAUUUGCACGCUGUUGCCAGCCAAAUGAAGUCAGCCUUGAGAUCGUCAAAGACCAAGGGGUUUUAUCAGCGCGAAGUCAUGACUGGUACCUUGCCAGAGGUCGAUGAUUGCGACGAGGCACUGGAGCAAUGUUGGGACUUGCGUGAUGUCUACGAACCGCCAAAUGGGAGUGGUCUAGAUGAAGGGGAAGGCGGUCAAUAUCUGGACGAAUGA